AUGACUCAAGCUCAAGAUAUUAAUAUUAAAUUAUUCUCAUUUGGUCAUUCUUUUGGUGUUCCAAAAACAGUUGACUUAUUAUAUUCAGUACGUCAUUUUCCAGUUCCUAACAUAGAUAAUUAUCAACAAUAUGAUGGGCGACAUAAACGAAUACAAAAUGAAUUGUUAAAUUUGACACAAUAUGAAGAUAAACUUAAAACAAUCAUUGAACAACUGAUGAAUUUUAUUCAUGAACAUAACAAAAAUUCUAUCACAUUGGCAAUUGGAUGUGAACAAGGAAGGCAUCGAUCAGUAGCUAUAGUCGAACGACUUGCUGAUUUAUUGGGAACUACGUAUAAUGUAGAAGUCAGUCAUCGAGAUUUACAAAGAACAGGAUAUGAUAAAAAGAAACAACGAGAAAGAACCCAAAAUAGAGACAGAAAAUAUAACAGUUAUGAUGAAAAUAACUAA